UACAUUUAUUAUCAACAAUUUACGAGACUUUUCGGCUGUAACUCAUUGGAUUUUAGAAAUUGCUUACUUAACUACCAUGUCCCUCGAAAUAGAUAAGAGUCUUCUUAUUAUAAUAUUGGAUGUAAAUCCAAUGCAAAAGCUUGUCAAACAAGUCUUGACUCAUGGACUCGAUUCUACAAUUGUUUUUGCCAAUGCUCACUUGAUGCAAACAUCCAACAAUCAGCUGGCGAUAAUGGCAUGUCACAGUCAAGGAGCAAAGUUUCUAUAUCCAUUGGAAAAGAUAACCGAUGUCAGACAAUUUGAUGGCCAGUACGAAAAGUUCACUCAGUUGGAAUGUACUGUGAGACAACAAAUACACAAAAUAAUCAGUGACUUAGCUACCAAAAAAAGCUGUAGUGAUGAAAGUUUGAUAUCUGGUGCCUUGACCAUGGCCUUGAGUUAUGUUGCACGGCAAGAGAGAGAAAAAUUUGCUGGGGAAAAGUUGCAUGCCAGGAUAUUGGUCAUAACAGCCAGUCAUGAUUCUGCAACCCAGUACAUGAAUUAUAUGAACGUAUUUUUCACAGCUCAAAAAAUGGGGGUGAUGCUGGAUGUAUGUAGUUUGGACCAUGAAUUGACACUACUGCAACAAGGUUGUGACUUGACUGGUGGAACCUUUUUGAAAAUUCCACAGCAAAAUGGAUUAGCAGGACUACUUCAGUAUUUACUUUGGGUGUUCCUGCCAGACCCUAUAGUUAGAUCCAAAUUAGUACUGCCGCCACCAGUGAAAGUAGACUAUCGAGCAGCUUGCUUUUGUCAUCAAGAAUUGGUCGAUACUGGAUUUGUUUGCUCAGUUUGUCUGUCAAUUUUUUGUAAAUUCAGUCCAAUCUGCACCACUUGCCACACUGUAUUUAAGAAUCCAGCACCAAUUCCAAUGAAAAUAAAGAAAAAAAAGAAGACUGUUGAUCUUGUACAUUAAAUACUGCA